AAAAAAUCUCUCAAAUUUUAGCAUGCAUUUUGUUACACUCACUGAUGCCUUCCACAUCUGCAGUUUUCUCUGUUUCUCUGCUCUGCAAAUGAAUUUAUGACCGUUGAUUUUGUCGGAAAUCAAGGCCACAAUCGUACAGUAUUGCUAAUCGAUGUUAGGUUGGAAUGGGGUUUGCAGAAAAUACAUUGCACACAGAGUCAGUAAGGGUUAAUUCCAGAAGGCUGCCAAUGGAGAUUGACCAUAAUACUGAUGUAAAUGGCAGUCUUCCUAAGUAUAAGCGGCGCAAAGUUUCAGCUGUUAGGGAUUUUCCUGUUGGUUGCGGACCUUCCAGAAACAUAGCUACUUUUGAAGUGCCAGUUUCGGAACCAGUGGUCGCUUUGAGCAAUCCGGUGGAUGUUGAAAUAAUAAAAUCUCCGGGACAUGAAACGGUUGAUGUGAAAAAGGAUUCUUGCAAUGGGGAUGUUAGUGCUCCUGUGGAAAAUGUGAUGCCACAAAUAUAUCCUCCUCAAUAUUCUCCUAGUAGGACAGUUUCAGAAUGUGAAACAGUUGAUGUGCAAAAGGAUUCUUGCAAUGGGGAUGUUAGUGCUCCCGUGGAAAAUGUGAUGCCACAAAUAUAUCCUCCUCAAUAUUCUCCUAGUAGGACAGUUUCAGAACGUGAAACAGUUGAUGUGCAAAAGAAUUCUUGCAAUGGGGAUGUUAGUGCUCCCGUGGAAAAUGUGAUGCCACAAAUAUAUCCUCCUCAAUAUCCUCCUAGGAGUACAGUUUCAGAAUGUGAAACAGUUGAUGUGCAAAAGGAUUUUUGCAAUGGGGAUGUUAGUGCUCCCGUGGAAAAUGUGAUGCCACAAAUAUAUCCUCCUCAAUAUCCUCCUAGGAGGACAGUUUCAGCUGUUAGAGACUUUCCUUCGUUUUGUGGAAGAAAUGCCGUCUGUAUUCUGGAGAGUGCAGAUGUGCUUGCUUCCGAGGAGCGCAAGAAUUCAGAUCAAGAAAUGUUGGGUGUUGAAGGUUAUAUGAGUACUGCUGCGCAAGAAAUGGGACAGGGUGUUCAGAAUGGAAAUGCUGAUGAGCACGAGGUCGAGGGAAAAGUUUCUAGUUUAUCCAGGCUUAAUGUUCAAGCUAAUUCGGCAAGGACAGGCUUUAAAGAUAUGAGGAAGCAAGAUGAGUUUGGUGCUACUCCUGAGAAUGAGCAGGGUAUGAAAUCUCCAAAAGAAAGCACACAACAUCAUCGAGGAAAGAGGAGCAUUGGAGAUUCAGAGAGUAUUGAUUGUUUGGAGCCUGUAUUAAGCAGCAUAGUUGUGUUGGGUCUUAGGGCUUCAGGAAAUGGUCCUUUGCUGAAGGAGAAUGAAGCUCAUUAUAGUUGCAACCUGGCUAGUGGUACCGAUAAAAACAAUUGGAAGAAAAGUGAUCUUGUUCUGCAAGAGCAACCCAAAGCUUCUGUCAGGAUAAAGAAGAAUAAUGGAGAGAACUUUGGAGGAACAUAUAAAAUGAAUACGAAGAAAGAGCUUGAAAAAUUAAAGAUUAAGAAGAGUUCAUUUCCUAGCAGUAAGGCUCAUCUUGAACAGGGUGAGGGAUCUGAUAAGUUUCAAUUGGUUAGAAGAUCGCAUGUUAUUGAUGUGACACUUUCUCCUUCCUGUCCCAGCAGUUCAAGUGGCAAAGGUGAUGGAAAUGAUGCAUCUGUCACUAGAAGGAAAGUUAUGGAAAUACUACGUUUAUUCCAGCAUAUCUAUAGGAAGCUUGUUAAAGAAGGUGAGACACAGCUGACGCAUAUUAAGAGGCCUGAUUGUAAGGCAGCAGGUAUUAUUAAAAGCGAAGGUAAGUAUGUCAAUACAAACAAAAUCAUCGGAUCAGUUCCAGGCGUUGAGAUUGGUGAUGAAUUUCAAUACAGGGUGGAGCUUAAUAUGAUUGGUCUUCAUCGUCCAACUCAGGGAGGUAUAGAUUUUGUGAAGGAAGGUGCAAGUAUUCUUGCCGUGAGCAUUGUCGCAUCUGGUGGUUAUGAUGAUGACAUGGAUGAUUCAGAUGUCUUGAUAUAUACAGGUCAAGGAGGGAACGUGAUGGUAGGAAAAAAGGAACCGGAAGACCAAAAGCUUGAACGAGGUAAUCUUGCUCUAAAGAAUAGUGUGGAUGCAAAAAAUCCCGUGAGGGUAAUCCGUGGUGAUACAAAAGCAUCUGAAUCUUCUGGUGCAAAAAGGACAUAUAUCUAUGAUGGCCUGUAUUUGGUGGAUAAGUUUUGGCAGGAAAUGGGGCCGCAUGGAAAACUGAUCUUUAAGUUCAGGUUGGUUCGGAUUCCAGGACAAGCAGAACUUUCUUGGAAAGUGGUGAAGAAGUCCAAAAUAUUUAAAGUGCGUGAGGGUCUUUGCAUGGAUGAUAUCUCAAAAGGGAGAGAGAAAAUUCCUAUUUGUGCUGUAAACACUGUAGAUGAUGAGAAGCUUCCAUUAUUUGAAUACAUUACCCAUGUGGUGUGUCCUGAUUGGUGCUGCCCUGAUCCUCCCAAGGGUUGUGGUUGCACUAAUGGAUGUUCUGAGAUUGCAAAAUGCUCUUGUGUGGCAAAGAACGGAGGAGAGAUCCCAUAUAACCACAGUGGGGCUAUUGUUGAAGCAAAGACUUUGGUUUAUGAGUGUGGCCCUUUUUGCAAGUGUCCUCCCUCUUGCUACAACAGAGUCACUCAGCAUGGUAUCCAGUUUCAGCUUGAAGUUUUUAAAACUGAAGCAAGGGGUUGGGGUGUGAGAUCAUUAAAUUCAAUCCCUUCUGGAAGUUUUAUCUGUGAGUAUGUAGGAGAGCUUCUUCAGGAGGCAGAAGCUGAGCAACGAACUGGUAAUGAUGAAUAUUUAUUUGAUAUUGGAAAUAACUCCAGUGACGUAUGGGAUGGACUCUCAAACAUCAAAUCUGAGACACAUUCAAGUUCUUCUGAAGUUGUGGGGGAAGGUGGCUUCACGAUUGAUGCAGCAAAGUAUGGCAAUGUGGGGAGAUUUAUCAACCACAGCUGUUCACCUAAUCUCUAUGCACAAAAUGUUCUUUACGAUCAUGAGGACAAGAGAAUCCCUCACAUAAUGAUGUUUGCUGUUUUUAAUAUUCCUCCCUUGCAAGAGCUAACUUACCAUUACAAUUAUGCAAUAGAUCAGGUUUUUGAUUCUGAUGGCAAUAUUAAGAAGAAGAGUUGCUACUGUGGUUCUUCAGAGUGCACAGGGAGGAUGUAUUGAGGCUGUUCUAUUGGAGUUGGAAUUAGAAGAAUAAACAGUUUUAUAUGUCACAGAAUUUUCACGUAUUGGAAGACCGGACAUCUCAUUUUGCAUGCGAUGCCAUGUCUCUGUUGUGCUUCUCAGCUUCGUCAAGACCAUGACCAUCUCACUUGUGAAAUCUCUAUUGGAGAAAGUCAUUGUCUGACAGGUAGGUAGUAAUUUAACUAUAGUCCUUAAAAGAAAUGUUGUUUGUUGUGAGCGAGCUUCUGUUUUGUAUCUGCCCUAUAGUUUUCAUACUUCCCUUAAAAAGAAAAAAUGUAAAGACGAAUUACUAUAAGUUAUGAAAAAACUGUUGUAGCUUUGAUGCUUCAA